AUGCGCGGCCGCGAGCUCCCGCUCGUCCUGCUGGCGCUGGUCCUCUGCCAGGCGCCCCGGGGCCCCGCCGCCCCGGUGCCGGGGGGCCAGGGCACGGUGCUGGACAAGAUGUACCCGCGCGGCAACCACUGGGCGGUGGGGCACCUAAUGGGGAAAAAGAGCACCAGAGAGUCCCCAUAUGUUUAUGAGGAAGGGAGCCUGAAGCAGCAGCUGCAGGGGUACAUCCGGUGGGAAGAAGCUGCAAGGAAUUUACUAAGCCUCAUGGAAGCAAAGGGGACCAGGAGCCAUCAGACACCUCAGAGGGAGCCCCUGGGCAUUCGCCAGUCUGCUUGGGAUUACCAGGAUGACAGCAACUUUAAAGUCAUAGGUCCAACUCGUGAAGUUGGCGGACUCUCUGCUUCAGGUUCUCAACCUGAGGGAAGAAACCCCCCGCGGAAUUAACAUGGACAGCAACAGCCUCUCUCAAAGAAGCAAAGCAAAACCCUUAAGAGACUAUGUUCUACAGUCAUCGAUUAUACUGGAUCAUCAACAAGAUUCCCUUUGUGCAAAACACUUAACUAUUCUUGUAUCUUUCAACCAAAUCCAUAAUUUUCAAGCAGCAUCUUCUGCUUUGAACUUGUUUGCCGUGAAUAAUUGUCCAUAAAGAGUCUUCCAAUCAAUGCUCUUUACAUCUAAGCUAUUUGUCCAUUAGACUCCAGCCCCCAACCUGUUACCAUUCACAAUAAAAAACCUAAGCACCUUA